UGUAUAUACCUCUGACUUGUUGAAUGAGUCUGGCCAGAGACUGUAGGAGCGCCUGGACGAGGUGCUCGAACGAGUGUCGGCAGGGGAGAAGGCGAGGGUUGCGGGGGUACGGGCUGAGAUCGGCCGCGGUUCGCCUCUCCACGCGCCGCCUUCCGUCUCUUCUUCUUGUUCCCACCCCUUGCCUUUCUGCCUGCUGGCCGGUCAGCCAUCUCCUAGCUCAGCCUGUGGAAAACCCGAAGACUACGUCUUCCCCACGACACGUGUGUUGCGCAAGUGUGCUGAAUCAGCAGGUUAUUCCCCUCGCUCCGUGGUGUCCGAAUAACAAUCCGUGUCCGAACUUGCACCGUCAAACAUGUCCGGUAGGCUCAAGUACGCCAACAAGGUAAUCCUGGCGCCCAUGGUACGCAUCGGGACGCUACCCAUGCGAAGACUGGCGUUGAGAUACGGAGCUGACAUCGUAUACUGCGAGGAGCUGAUAGAUCAUAAGGUGGUGCAGUGCAAGAGAAUAGUAAACCCUAUUCUGGAUACCGUUGACUUUGUGUUGCCUGACGGAAUGUGUGUCUUCAGGACAUGCGAGGAGGAGAGAGAAAGACUAGUGUUUCAGAUGGGAACGGCUGAUCCACAACGAGCUCUAAAGACAGCAAAACUAGUGGAGGGAGAUGUGGCAGGAAUAGACGUGAACAUGGGUUGUCCGAAGGAGUUCUCUCUCAAGGGAGGCAUGGGGGCGGCUCUCCUCACUCAGCCAGAGAAAGUCAGAGAGAUACUGACCACUCUUGUGGAAGGAGUCUCCAAGCCGGUGACAUGCAAAAUCAGGAUCCUACCCACUUUGGAGGAGACUCUGGAGCUGGUGUCAGUGAUAGAGACCACAGGAGUGGCAGCCAUUGGCAUUCACGGCAGGACAAUGAAAGAGAGAUCCACCACCCCUUGUCAUUAUGACAUCAUCAGAGAGAUUUCCAGAAAAGCUUCAGUCCCAAUAAUAGCCAAUGGAGGGUCGGGUGAUGUGGCCACCUAUGAAGAUGUAGCUAGGUUCAAGUCAAGAGCAGAGUGCAGCUCGGUGAUGCUGGCAAGAUGUGCCCAGUGGAACCCUUCCAUCUUCAGGAAAGAGGGACCCCUGCCAUUAGACGAGGUGAUCAAAGACUAUGUGAGACUGGCAGUUGACUGUGACAACAACACCUCCAACACCAAAUACUGCGUGGCUCAGAUGCUCCAGUCGGCCAUGGAGGGCGCUCCGGGGAAGGCUCUUCUUGCUGCAGCUAACAUGAGAGAGAUAUGCGAAGUGUGGGGUCUGGUUCCUUAUCUCGACUCAGUUCUGGAGAAGAGAGAGAGAUUAGCUGAAUCCCUACCUCUUCAACUCCAGAAGGAACUGGGUGUGGCUACUUUUAAUCUGAUGACAUCAUCGGCAAAGCGUCGUCGGGCGGGGCCAGACGUGGAGGUCACCGAGGAGGGUGUGACGGAGAUGCUCGUUACCUAUGAUCGCAGGGAAUUCCCCGUCGACAAGACUCCCAAGACCUCGCUCUACGUCUACAGCCGCAGACACCACGGCUCCGCCCCUCGUUACAAGACUGUGGAGCGGAGUCGAGAUCGUCAGUUCAAGUCAGUCGUAACCGUUGGCGACCGGACGUACUCCUCCAGUCUAUGGGCUAAGAGCAAGAGAAAUGCAGAACAAAGUGCGGCCACAGUGGCUCUACUUGUGCUGGGCAAAGAACUACCAUACAAGGCCCCCCCACAGACACCCACAAACACUCCCAGAUAACCUUUUUCUUUCUUUUUGCCGUCAUUUCGCCUGUUAAUAUUAUCUCUACUUUUGAACACGAAAUCAGUGAGAUUCAUAAGUAUGAUAGUAAUAUAGGUAUAUAUGUUGUAGAAAAGAAGAGAGAAAAAGCAUUACAAAAAUGUUGGACACACACAGUAAAGAAAAUGGACUGCUAGGAAACUUCCACCGCUGCAUUGUUCAACGGAGAAGAAGGUGACGAGUCGUUUUCCCCGGGGCUGGCCGGUAAUUGGGGAUCGCUCUCGUGCCACGAUACGUACUGAACCAACGUCCGUGGGAGGAUGGCUGAAAACUCGAUCGAAUAUCUGAGAAUCGCCUUCGAAGCCAGACACUGGAGCGAGGUGUUCUGAGAUGUUGCUUUCCUCAGUUCGGCCACGAUAUCCGACCGGAGAGCUGGAAAUCCACACUCCUCCAGAGCCAAGUCGAGAGCCGUCUCUCCGUUGUAGUUGACGGCGUCCACGUGACACCCAAACUCUAUCAGUAUCUUCGCACACUCGAGGGCACUGUCCUCUCGUAGUUUGACUGCGAGAUGGAGAGGGAAAUUCCCCGCAGAGUCUUCGCAUUGGAGAGGGGUCCCGAGCUCGAGAAACUUGGCCAACAUCGAGUGAAGAGGGAGAUCUCCGUUGACGAUGUCGCGACUGGCGCCGCUGGUGUUGUCUGGAAGAUUCUGAAGGCAGGCGACUACGAGAGGGAUUUUGAGGUUCUCUGUCACUUUGAGCAGGUCUCUGGCCGCGGCGUUGAUUUUGUCGCACUCUUUCGCUCGCUCCAUUCGACCCUCGAUCAUGUUUGCGAUUUUCAUCCAGGCUGCGAGCAUGCGGGCAAGGCAGCUAACGACUUCCACCUCUGAUAUCUUGCUCUCGCUGGCCAGUUUGAACUCUUUGAGUCCCCAGCGGAAGUGGGGCUCGACCGGUGGGCGGAACUCGUUGGUGCACAUUAUGCAGAAUCCUCGCGUGGAGAAAAGCAGGUCCUCCGUAAUCUGCAAUUCGUACGCCAUUCUCGCGGCGUGGUCGAAAUCGAGCGAGCGAUGCCAGAGCUCGAUGCACUUGUCCCAGCGCUCCUCCGAGAGGGCCAUGUCGCCACUGAUGCGGAUGUAGAAGGCAGUCGUUGGGUGAAUCCUGCCUAGGAUUCUCUCGCAGAAGAUCGAGCUGACAAAGAACAUGUUGGUUUCGUCCAGGACAAUGGUGUCUAUUUCCUGCAGCGUCCGCGGCUCCUGGAGAUUGUCGUAGAUUUUAUCGGCCGGCGCGAUAUCUUCAAACUGUGUUGGAGACUCCAUGCGAAUCACGACAGCUUUUCUCAUCCACUCCUUGGCUUUCAUUUCGUCGCCCCCCAAUACCUCUUUUGCGGCCAGGAGACAGUAGCAGUCGUAGCGUUCCCGCGGUUUCAGCUUGAACUGUGAGUCGAGGAACUCCAUGACUUUGUCGUGACCAUAGCAGCAGGCCAAAAUGGACGGCGUGAACCCGACCUCGUUCGGGUUAUUCUUGGCCCCCGCCUUCACCAGUAUCUCCGCUAUCUGGACGGCGCCUGACUCCACGCAGACGUGGAGCGGCGUGUCCCCGUUGUGCCCGCGGUGGUUGACGUUGGCGCCUUUCUCGAUGAGCAGCUUGACGCACUCAGUCUUCUUCAUGGCGGCGGCGAUGGUCAGCGGGCUCUGGCCGACCUGGUUCGGCUUGUCGAUGUCCGCCCCACGCUCGAUGAGGAAUUCGCACACGUCGCAGUGACCGUCGAACGCUGCACCACGCAGCGGGGUGGAUCGGGAGUCCGUGGUGUGCUCCAUCUCGGCGCCCCGCUCCACUAACAGCUGGACGAACUUCAGGUGGCCCAGAGUCGAGGCCGUCCAGAGGGGCGUGGCGCCUUCCACAGGGUAACCUCCCUCGAUAACGGCGCUAGUCUCUUGCUCCAGGUUCACUUCGUAGUUGUCCAACAUGUGUUUGAACGCGUCGAAAGAGUUCUUGAGUACGGCCACGACAAGCGGAGAGCGAUCGGCGUCCACUCGGGCCUCUAGCAGCCGCUCCCGGAACAACUCCAAUAAGUGCUCAUCUCCCUUCAUCUUCUCGACCAGUUGCUCCACUUCGUUUUUCUUGACAUGAGAGAUCACGUCGUGGAGCGGGUCCUUUUUUCUGCUACGAGUCUUCUUCCCCGGCGUCCGGAUGAUACCGUUCCUCUGGUCCAUCUUCCGCCUGUCCGUGUCACAGUUUCUCGCUUUU